AUGAGCGACAUUGAGGGAUCCCCAGGAAGCUCCAUGCAUGGAGUCACUGGAAGGGAACCAGCUUUUGCCUUAUCAGUUGCAUCACCGAUGGUCCCAACUGAUACAACAGCUAACUUUGACCUGCCUGUGGAUUCUGAGCACAAAGCCAAGGUUUUCAAGCUUUUCUCUUUUGCUAACCCCCACAUGAGAACCUUUCACUUGUCCUGGAUCUCCUUCUUCACUUGCUUCGUCUCCACCUUUGCUGCCGCACCCCUUGUCCCCAUCAUCCGUGACAACCUCAAUUUAACGAAACAAGAUAUUGGGAAUGCUGGGGUUGCUUCUGUUUCCGGAAGUAUAUUCUCAAGGCUUGUAAUGGGUGCUGUUUGCGACCUUUUGGGGCCCCGUUAUGGAUGCGCAUUUUUGAUCAUGUUGUCAGCUCCAACUGUCUUUUGCAUGUCAUUUGUUGCGGAUGCUGGAGGUUACAUCGCUGUCCGGUUUAUGAUCGGAUUCUCCCUUGCUACGUUCGUGUCUUGCCAGUACUGGAUGAGCACAAUGUUUAACAGCAAGAUUAUCGGUCUUGUCAAUGGAACUGCAGCCGGAUGGGGAAACAUGGGAGGAGGUGCUACUCAACUUUUGAUGCCCUUAGUUUAUGACAUUAUUCGACGAGCUGGAUCAACUCCAUUUACUGCCUGGAGAAUUGCUUUCUUCAUCCCUGGAUCGCUCCAUGUCAUCAUGGGGAUCAUGGUCUUAACCCUUGGCCAGGACUUGCCUGAUGGGAACCUUAGCACCCUACAAAAGAAGGGUGAUGUUGCCAAAGAUAAAUUCGGCAAGGUGCUAUGGUAUGCCGUCACAAAUUACAGGACCUGGAUCUUUGUCCUUCUCUAUGGCUACUCCAUGGGAGUUGAAUUGUCAACAGAUAAUGUCAUUGCUGAAUAUUUCUACGACAGGUUCAAUCUCAAACUCCACACAGCUGGAAUAAUUGCUGCUACUUUUGGUAUGGCAAACCUUGUUGCUCGCCCCUUCGGUGGUUUCGCUUCUGAUAGAGCAGCCCGUUUGUUUGGCAUGAGAGGCAGGCUAUGGGUUCUAUGGAUCCUGCAAACCUUAGGAGGUGUCUUCUGUAUCUGGCUAGGCCGUGCCAACACACUUCCUAUUGCUAUCUUGGCAAUGAUCCUCUUCUCCAUUGGAGCUCAAGCUGCAUGCGGAGCUACUUUUGGCAUCAUUCCAUUCAUUUCACGACGAUCUUUGGGAAUCAUUUCAGGUCUAACAGGGGCAGGUGGGAACUUCGGGUCCGGAUUGACACAGCUAAUUUUCUUCUCAACCUCAAGAUUUUCCACAGCAGCAGGUCUUUCAUGGAUGGGAGUCAUGAUUGUGGCUUGCACUCUUCCUGUGACUCUGGUGCAUUUCCCACAAUGGGGUAGCAUGUUCCUUCCACCUUCGAAAGAUGUAACAACAUCCACCGAAGAACAUUACUAUUCCUCAGAGUACAACGAGGACGAAAAGAAAAAGGGCAUGCACUCAGCAAGUCUCAAGUUUGCCGAGAACAGCCGGUCAGAGCGUGGCAGGCGUGUGGCCUCAGCACCAACCCCGCCAAAUACAACACCAUCCCAUGUUUAG